GUUACUAUUGCUCAUAGCUGUUGAGGGAUGUGUCAUCUUGCGGCAACGCAUUCAUGACUCCGUAUUGUCUAGUUGAGUCUCCCUGGGCACACACGAUCAGUUAUUUUAAUGGAGAUCGAUGUGGAUGACGAUGACCAAUGGGGAAGUUUAAUUUGGAUUACUGAUUUUGCGUGGUUCUGUUAUCUAAAUCGUGGAGUUGUUCGUAAGUGGCCUCCCGUGUAUAUACUUUCAUUAUAUUUUAUUCUUUCGAAUUUGUACAACAUAUAUCUUCGCGAAAUAAGGGAGUUUGCUAUCGUUAAUUACGAUAUUUUUGCUACAUUUUUCGGUUCUUCCUUGUUAGGUGGUGCCGCUUUAAGUAGCACUGAUGCUGGGCAUUCAUUACCCAUCGAUAUACCCAAUGGCAUUAAAUACCUAUUAUCCCAUGAUAAUUACAUGCUCAACACUUCACAAAAGCGUAUUAUACAGGAUCUGAUGAUUAACGGGUCCCCGGAUGCCCAACCUGGUUUUAUCAAUCUCCAUUUAUAUGUUGGUAAAAUUGAUGACAGGUACCACCUAGUCCAAUGCUCGUGUUGUGCUUCUGAUAUAGCUGAUGUUUUUGUAGAUUUGUUGGAAACUUAUGAGCGUUUCCAGCGUCACCCAGAUUUUAAAAUUGCACCUCGGGGUACUUUACCAUCUGUGGUCCGUCAUAUUGUAGCUAACGUGCCCUGUAUAUUUGAUAUACCUGAUGAAGAGGUGGUGCCUAUUCCACUUACAAAUACACUACGGGGUGUUCGCACCUUGUUAACUUCUGGAAUUAUUCACGAACGAUCACCUCGUGACAGAUACCAGAAAGUAGUUGUUGCUUCUGCUACCCUGUUGCUUUAUAUUCUCAUGCCACAUCACUAUGCCGUUAAACAUCUAGGUCGUUUAAUCAGGCGUUCUGACAACCAGGGUUUAAUAGUGUUAACUUCGAUAUUGGAUCGUUUGUUGUGUAACUUCCCUAAGGAGGGUGAUGUUUGGAGCUUGAAAUUAUAUACUUCACGUCAGUUUUUAAAGCGUUUUCGAAGAAAGGGUGGUAACAUAUUUUCUAGCAUCAAGGAUCUGUUUAGUACUGGUUCCAUGGAUUUGGAACCCCUGUUGCUUGAGGUAUCAUCCAAGUCUCGUAUGAACGGUCGUUUAUCAUGGUAUCUUUGGCACCUUUACACUUCAGUCCGUGAUAUUUCAUUGCGCCAUUUGUCUAAAGGCAAUUCACAUCGUGUUUUGGAGCAAAUUGACCGAUAUUUCAUGGGUUUAUAUUCGGUAAUGUUAGUGGCCAACGAGGGUUACCAAGGCAUAUUUUAUAUUUACCUUUAUAUUGCACGUAACUACAGUGGUAGUUUGCGUGACCUCCGCGAAAUUUGUGAGCGUGCUGUUCCUAACGCAUCUUGGGAAGCCAACCUUGCGAUAUUGGAUAAAUACAUGUAGUUUACCGGCUUAGUG